UUGAGUCCACACGCCGGUGGAUCCGCAAAGUGCAACAUGAACACAGCGGACUUUCUGAACUGAUAUUCUGAGCCUGGACUGGAUGUUUAAUUCAUAUUUUAAGAGGGUUUUAUAUGUUUUAAUCACAUUGUGAGGGCGGACUGAAUGUUUACUGAUAGUUUUAGGCAUAUUGUAAAGGUGGGUUGAAUGUUUCAGCAUUCAGUUGUAUUUUGAGGGAGGAGUUCGUUCGCCGUCCAGUAAACCAGGAAGUCUUAAAACAAGCCCCAGAUGAGGAAUGAGUUAGCCAUCAGUCAUGAAAAAGAGAAGGUCCUGUGUCCUCAAUGUUGUAAAACCCUCUAAAACUCCCAGGACAGAGGGAAAAACAUGUGUUCAGGAUGAGGAAGGGAUUGAUGAAGAGGAGGAAGCCCAGCAAGACCACCCGCUGUCUUCUUCGAGUGUUGGGGAUAUAGGUGUCAUAGAAAACAUUACUUUGAAGAACUUCAUGAGUCACCAUUUGCUUGGGCCGUUCAGUUUCGGACCAAAUGUCAAUUUCAUAGUUGGGAACAAUGGAAGUGGGAAAAGUGCCAUUCUGACAGCUCUUAUAGUGGGUCUGGGUGGAAAAGCAACCACAACCAACAGAGGAGCGUCUUUGAAAGACUUCGUGAAAUAUGGAGAGAGCGCUGCAGAUGUUAAAGUCAAAUUAAAGAACAGAGGGAAGGAGGCCUAUAAGAUUGAGACGUACGGAGACAGCAUCUGUAUCGAGCAUCACAUCACGAGUGACGGCUGCAGGACUUGUAAGAUAAAGAAUAAAUCAGGGUUGGUUAUCUCCACAAAAAAGGAGGAGUUAACUGCUAUACUGGACCAUUUUAACAUCCAGGUUGACAAUCCAGUGUCAAUUCUUAACCAGGAAAUGAGUAAACAAUUCCUGCAUUCAAAAAACGAGACGGACAAAUACAAGUUUUUCAUGAAAGCCACUCUUCUGGAGCAGAUGAAAAGGGACUACAUUCAUAUAAAACAGACCAAAGCUGUGACUCGUGAUCAGGUGGAACGACAGGAGGAGUGUCUUAAAGACCUCAGGCAGUUGUUCUUGCAAAAGAAAGAAAGGUACGAGUCUUUGUCAUCCUUUGACGACAUGAGACGGACCCUGGAGGACCUGAAGCAAAAGAUGGCGUGGUGCUUGGUGCGAGAGAUGGAAUGUCAAGUUGACCAGCUCAAGGAACAAAUCGAACGAGAAGAAUCUCAUUGCAAACAUGAAGAAAAGCUGGAGCUCUGUCAGAACAAAGUUGUGGCUUCCGAAAAGAAAUUGCAGGAAAUCCAACAGAAGAUUUCUAGAGCUACAGAAGAGCUGGAUGGUUUGACAGAAGAGAGUCGAACGUUAAAGGAAGAAAUUAAAGUAAAAUCUAAAGCACAGAAAAAUCAGGAGGUGAUUUACUUCCGUGCUGAGAAUAAAUUAAAGCAAUUAGAGAAGGAGCAAUGUCUGGUCCGGGAGAGAAUUCUCAAAAUAAAUCACAGCAGUGGAAGAAGUCAUGAGGCGGAGACAGCGCAGCGUCUGAAGAAAAUAUCUGCACUCAGAAAGCAACUGGAGAAGCUUGAGGCCGAGUCCGCCGUGUUAAAUCAAGAGAUUAAAGACAAACAGCAAGCGCUUCUCAAAGGAAGAGAGGAAUGUGACAAACUGAGCAUGGAAGAGAAGGACAUCCAGGUGUGUCUGGAGUCCAAAGUGAAGAGAAAGAAACAGCUCAUGGCCAGCAGGUCCAACAGGCUGAGACGAUUCGGUGACCACAUGCCAGAGCUGUUGGAGUCUAUUGACAGAGCUUUCGCUCAGGGCCGAUUCAUCAAGAAACCAGUGGGACCGAUAGGUGCAUGCAUCAGUCUGAAGGAUCCCAGUUUAGUCGUAGCUGUUGAGAGCUGCUUACGAAGUUUCAUGAAGACCUUUUGCUGUGACAAUUACAAGGACGAAAAGGUUCUGCAGGAACUGAUGUCGCCGUAUUUCCCCAAAGGCAGUCGACCUCAGAUAAUUGUGUGCAGGUUUACAGACCGCGUUCACAAACUUCAAGGCCGGGGAGUCCGUCAUCCCGAGUUUCCUUCCGUCCUGGACGCCCUCAAUAUCGAGAACCCGGUGGUCACAAACUGCCUGAUUGAUAUGAGAAGCAUUGAGUGCAUUCUGAUUAUCAAAGAAAAAGCUUGUGCAAGGAAAGUCAUGCAGGGGUCAAGACCACCGAAAAAUUGUCGCGAGGCCUUCACCGCCGAUGGCGAUCAGGUGUACAGCCAUCGCUAUUACACUCCUGAAAAUGAAGUUCUGGUCAAGUAUCUUGGUGGGGAUCCCGAGGCGGAAAUCCGGGCGGUGGAGUCAGAGGUGGAGAACAAUAAGGCUCAGCUCUCUAGAUUUCAGCUUCACUUGAGUUCAGUAAAGGAAGACAUUCAAUUGAUGGAGGGGAGGCUGCGUAGUGUCGUCAUGGCCUGCAAAAAGAACCAGGAAAAUAUAAUCAAGGUUAAAGCUUCAAUAUCAGAACUGGAGAACAUCGAAGAACCUCAGACUGAGGACAUCAGCUCUCUGGAGGAAGAGGCACAAGAGAACGAGCAGAAGAUGGAAUCACAGAGGGGAAAUGUGACGGAAGCACAGACCGAAUUCGAGAAACACGAGCGAUUGCUCAUGAACAUUAAUCAGCAAUAUAAAGGUGUGAAAAAUAAAAUGGAACAUCUGUCAGAUGAGAUAGAACAGCUAAAGGAGGAGCAGGUGAAAGCCGACGGUGAGGAGACUAAACUGGAUCAAACCAUGCAGAUCUUAACGAAAAGACUAAAGAGCCACCAGGACAAUAUCCAGGCGAUGAGAGCUGAACUGUCUCUCAAAGAGGAAGACACUCGGGUAUUCACAGAUUCACAUUUGUCCAUCAUACUGCACUGUAUCCUACUUAGCUUGACGUUAGAAGCCAAAGCCAAAGAAAUCUGUUCUGAGCGUCAGAAGAUUAAUCGGAGUGCGAAAAGCAUCGAUGCUGAGAUUACACGGCUGCGACAGAAGAUCAGCACUCAUGAAAGAAAUCACGGCGACAAGGAACAGGUCGUUCGGGAGUACGCAGAGGCUCACAGUAAUUACAAAAUCAAAUCCAACCAGCUGAGGGAUCUGAAGAAGUUUAUUGAUCGUCUGGACAACAUCAUGACCGACCGACAGGCUCGAUACAAAAUAUUGAGACGAUCACUUUCCGUGAGAUGUAAGUUGUAUUUCAACAACUUCAUGAUAAAGUUGCAGUGUUGUGGCUCCAUGAUGUUUGACCACAACAAUGAAACGCUGUCCAUUUCGGUGAAGCCUCCGGGACGGGAAAAUGACACCGUGAGUGACAUGCGGUCUCUUUCAGGUGGAGAGCGCUCCUUCUCCACCGUCUGCUUCCUUCUGUCUCUUUGGGAAAUCACAGAGUCACCCUUUAGAUGCCUCGAUGAAUUUGACGUAUAUAUGGACAUGCAUAAUCGACGUAUUUCAAUGGACCUGCUCCUGGAGCUCUCCGAACGUCAGCAGCUCAGACAGUUUGUCUUCAUCACACCUCAGAGCACCAGCAAUCUGCCUAGAAGUGCCCAUAUCAAAAUCCACCAACUUCAGGAUCCAGAAAGAGGCACAGAGGAGGAGAAUGGGCAUUAGGUACAGAGAGACUGAUGUGAGAAAUGUGCUGCCCUUAUGUUUGUUUUAUUUAUGUUUUAUUUAUAUCGAAGUUUGGUGUUUUUUGUUAAUAGCAUUUAUGUGCAAAACAUGUGCCUUUUGUUUUAUGUCUGUGUGAAUACAAUGCAUAUUACUGUUUCUGCGAACCAUUUUCUGUUGAUCUCUUCCUUUGGGAAAAACAGAAAGCGGUUGUGUUUUUAACUGUCAACACCUGUUCAUGAGUUCAUAUAUUUGUCAGUUGAUACCUGCAUCCUUUUUGUAAACCACAAUGCUGAGUUAAAGUAACUGUUCCGUUUGUA